AUGGAAGACAUUCCGACAUCUCCGAAUGAUACUGUCUCGCCUCUGGGCGCAUCCGUCCGUCGUGUUCACACUAUCUCCUCGUCGAUGAGGGGUCGUCGUCACCCAGCAGCAUCUGAAGAGUAUCCUCCCGAAUAUUAUGAAGAAGAUGAUCAAGCGGAUGAAUCUUGGAAUGCUGCCCCAGGUGCUAUCGGCUUCAGGUCAAAUAGGACCGGGACCCAAUCUGGCACACUCUCACCAAGCGGCAGAAAUACCAGCGGCCUAUCUGUAAUUGCGGCUGAUCACGCGGGCGAGGGAGAGGAGGAGUGGGAGCAUGAUAUGCGUAAUUUGAGGGGUGACGAGCACCCCGCCGGUGAAGGAACCUUGAGUCCUCUGUCAGGUGGCAAUCCAUACUUCCAGCCUACUCAUAGUCGAUCCCAGUCUCAGACUUCAAAUAAUGGUGGCGGACUGUCUCCGGGUCCUUAUGCACCUCAACCUUCCAUUUCUCCUCCACCUGCGUCGAAUAUUCGACGCCACACCAGUCUCACAGCCAACGCAGCUGCCGGAGCUGCUGGGCGUCGCCGCCAAGCGCGACUUGCAGCAGAGCGAGCCGCUCAAUCUCCAUCGCCACCAUCGCCGGCGCAUGCGGAUAACGAUCAUGGCCAUUCACCCCUAAGCCCAAUUGGCCGUACCCCUUGGGGGCCAGCUACUCCUCCUAUCACGACGGCCAAUAAAGAAUGGCGCCCUGAAUCAUCGAUCGACGACGUGCAGAGGCAGUUCGGGAAUAUGGAUCUUGCGGCUCCUUCACAGACUCUUGAAGUUUCUACGUCCCCUGCUCCUCGUCGCUUAUCUCCUGGCCCAAAUCAUCCACCACGUUUCCGUGCGAAUUCUCCCCAGCCGGGCGCGCCCCAGCAAGGACAACAGAUGGGACCUCAGGCCGGAUUCAAUGGUGGCGGUCGGCAAAUGGCAAAAUUACAGCUUAUCACAGAUCUUACUCCCCCAGCUGUGCCACCCAAACAACCUCAGAGCGCUGCUGCUUCUGUGCCUCCCAUUGGCCAUGGAAUCCCACAGGUCCGCCGCUGGAAUGGCCGUGCAGGGGAACAAGGAGGAUACAAUGAUAAUGGAAGCGGCCAACGCCAAGACGAAAAGCCAUUUACAGCAAGUGGUGUGGUGUGGGACCAAAAGGAUCGAAUCAUCGGUACGCGUUCAGGAAAUAAUGGAUUUGAUGCAUCUGGUGCUCCGCCCGUUCCUCCCCUUCCUCAGGCUUAUGCAGGCAUGAUGCAACCUGGGAUGAAUUUUGGGGGAAUGAAUAUGGGUGGACUCGACACAACUUCGUUUGCUCGACUGGGGAUGAAUAUGGGCAUGAUGGGUACUAGUACUGUUGGUAAUAUGAACGCUGGCCUUGGACAAGGGCGCUUGCAAGUGAAUACCGCUGUUGGGGGUCCCGGCCAAGGGAUGAAUAACAGCGCAGUUGGGAGCGGCAAUGGUGGUAACAGUCCCAGCGGCUAUCUGAGCCCUGUGGAUAUACCCUCCUUGAUCGUUUCAAAAGGGUAUAAUCCUGCCACCUUUGACAUCCGUCCCCAAUUCGCGCGCUACUUUGUUAUCAAAUCGUAUACCGAAGAUGACGUUCAUAAAUCCCUGAAAUAUGAGAUUUGGAGUUCAACCGAUCCAGGCAACAAACGUCUGGACAAAGCUUUUAAGGAGUGUGGGGGCCGUGGCCCGAUUUAUCUAUUCUUUAGCGUAAAUGCCAGUGGCCAUUUUUGCGGAAUGGCCGAGAUGUUAACGCCCGUUGAUUACACUCGGUCAUCUACGGUCUGGGCCCAAGAUAAGUGGAAGGGUGUCUUCAAAGUCCGUUGGAUUUUCGUACGCGACAUCCCCAACGCGGCAUUGCGUCAUAUUCGUCUAAAUAACACCCAAGAGCGCAAGCCGGUGACCAACUCUCGAGACACUCAAGAACUGCUGCCCGAAGCUGGCCACGAGAUGCUUCGCAUUUUCUUCACUCACCCAGCCAGAACUUCGCUUCUUCAGGACUUUGCUUUUUACGAGUUGCAGUCGAUGCAAAAGAUCAGUGCGACGUCUUCUCCCCAGGCUGUUCAGCAUCCCUUUGCGAUGCCGAACCCAUCUACACUUCCUCCCGGGCAGCAGCAACAGCUCGCCCUUCAGCAACAGCAACUUCAACUCCAGAUGCUUCAGAUGCAGAACCAAUACCAGCAACAGCAAAUGGGCAUGUCUCGCUCCCCUGGACCUCCAAGCCCUUACCCUGGAGGAUUGGGAAGCAGUCAUAAUGGCAAUAACUUUUAG